GAGGAAGCAGAGCAGAGCGAGCGCAGCGCGUCGGGGCUCAGUCAACUCCGCUGGAUGACAAGAAACCCAGAGAAAAAAAGCCUAAAACCCGAGCCGCCGACUUCCCGCCCGCCGCUGAACGCACCGCGCGCCCCGAAGCCUCGCGCCUCCGAACGACGCGCGCGCGCCGCCACUUCGCCGCUCACCCUCACCAGCGCACCGCCAACUUCCGCCGGUCAGUAAAGUCCGAGCGACUCGCGCGCGCCUGCACGGAAUGGCAGACUCGGCGGCGGGCAACAGCGACGGGGAGGACGGACCCCGCCAGCCCACGAGGGGCUUCGCGCGCCAGGGAGCGCUGCGCCAGAAGAACGUGCACGAGGUGAAGGACCACAAAUUCAUCGCGCGCUUCUUCAAGCAGCCGACGUUCUGCAGCCACUGCACCGACUUCAUCUGGGGUUUUGGCAAGCAGGGAUUCCAGUGUCAGGUGUGUUGCUUCGUGGUUCACAAGCGCUGCCAUGAGUUCGUCACCUUCUCGUGUCCAGGAGCCGACAAGGGGCCGGCGUCGGACGAUCCAAGGGCCAAACACAGGUUUAAGAUCCACACCUACUCCAGCCCGACCUUCUGCGACCACUGCGGCUCUCUGCUCUACGGCCUCAUACACCAGGGCAUGAGAUGCGAGCACUGUAUGAUGAACAUCCAUAAGCGCUGCGUGGCCAACGUGCCGAGCCUGUGUGGGACGGACCACACCGAGCGCAGAGGCCGCAUCCAGAUCACGGCGGAGGUCAAGACCAACGUGCUCACCGUCACCAUCAAAGAGGCCCGGAAUCUGGUUCCUAUGGACCCCAAUGGUCUGUCAGACCCCUACGUGAAGCUCAAACUGAUCCCAGAUCCUCGAAGUGAGAGCAAACAGAAGACCAAGACCAUAAAGUGCUGCCUCAACCCUGUUUGGAACGAGACCUUUAAAUUCCACCUGAAGGAGUACGACAAGGACCGCCGCCUGUCGGUGGAGGUGUGGGACUGGGACCUGACCAGCCGCAACGACUUCAUGGGGUCUCUGUCCUUCGGCAUCUCGGAGCUCCAGAAGCAGGGCGUGGAUGGAUGGUUUAAGAUGCUCUCGCAGGAAGAAGGCGAGUACUUCAACGUCCCCGUGGCUCCAGAGGGGGAGGAGGGCAACGAGGAGCUGCGGCAGAAGUUUGAGAGGGCUAAAAUUGGUCCAGGCAAGAACACGGAGGGGAAGUCGGCCAAUGCUGCGUCCCGCUUCGACUCCAACGGGAACCAGGACCGCAUGAAACUCUCUGACUUCAACUUCCUGAUGGUGCUGGGAAAGGGCAGCUUCGGAAAGGUGAUGCUCGCGGAGCGCAAAGGCACCGAGGAGCUGUACGCGAUAAAGAUCCUGAAGAAGGACGUGGUGAUCCAGGACGACGACGUGGAGUGCACCAUGGUGGAGAAGAGAGUGCUGGCGCUGGCCGGGAAGCCGCCGUUCCUGACGCAGCUGCACUCCACCUUCCAGACCAUGGACCGUCUGUAUUUUGUCAUGGAGUACAUAAACGGUGGAGAUCUCAUGUAUCAGAUUCAGCAGGUCGGCAAGUUCAAAGAGCCCCAUGCUGUGUUCUACGCCGCUGAAAUCGCCAUCGGCCUGUUCUUCCUGCACACGAAGGGCAUCAUCUACAGGGACCUGAAGCUGGACAACGUGAUGCUGGACUGCGAGGGCCACAUCAAGAUCGCCGACUUCGGCAUGUGCAAGGAGAACAUGCAGGACGGCGUCACCACCAAGACCUUCUGCGGAACCCCGGACUACAUCGCCCCCGAGAUCAUCGCCUACCAGCCGUACGGCAAGUCUGUGGACUGGUGGGCCUUCGGAGUGCUGCUGUACGAGAUGCUCGCUGGACAGCCUCCGUUCGACGGCGAGGACGAGGACGAGUUGUUCCAGUCCAUCAUGGAGCACCACGUCUCCUACCCCAAGUCUCUGUCCAAGGAGGCCGUUGCCAUCUGCAAAGGGAUGAUGACCAAACACCCAGCCAAGCGGCUCGGCUGCGGCCCCGAGGGCGAGCGAGACAUCAGGGAGCACAGCUUCUUCCGCUACAUGGACUGGGAGAAGCUGGAGAACAAGGAGGUGCAGCCGCCGUUCAAACCCAGAGCUUGUGGACGGGACGCUGAGAACUUUGACCGCUUUUUCACGCGCCACCCGCCCGUGCUGACGCCGCCCGACGAGGAAGUGAUUCAGAACCUGGACCAGGACGAGUUCCAGGGAUUCUCCUUUAUCAACCCAGAGUUCCCGGGAACCCCGGCGCCCGCCGGCGCUGCGGAGCAGGCUUGAUUUCAGCUGGCGCACGGACACGUGGACACGACACGCAGGCAUAGAUUCAGUACAAUGACGAAGCGAAGAUCACGCUGCUGCUGUUUGUGCCGUCGUCGUCCCUGCGAGGCCUCGGCCUCAACCGCUUCACACACACACACACAUGCACACAUGCACACACGCACACAUGCACACACGCACGCACACACACACACACACACGCACACACACUUGAGCUAAGCAUGAAGCACGCUUUGUUCACACUGCUGCAGCCUGGAUCACGCACUGGUUUCCUCUGAGGGUCCGUGUGCAGAAAACAAACUCCAAGAAUAAGUUUGACAUUUAGCAAAUAUGCUAAUUUACUUAAGCAUUUGCUCCAAUCAGACAAACUCCUUAUCUCACAGCAUGCCGUCACCCUGAGACCCGUCAUAGCUGAGCUGCAUGCAGGUCUAUUGAUGCAUGAACUGACCGUGAGUAAGAAAUCUCCUGCCCCGUUUAUUACACAUCACUUGAUGGAGUGUGUGGGAAAUAUCUCACCCGUGUCCCUUUUGUGUUCCAGACUUAAAUAAUAAUUUCAGAAAAUGUUGAACUUCUCUUUUUGCUUUUUACCCCGAUCCUGAUUUGUGUUAACUCGUGCUGCUCGCGGUGUGAACAAACCGCUUCUGUUUCGCUGAAGUGACACAAAAAUCAUGAAAUGUUGAAAUUUACAGCCAGAGAUAAAAAUGAGAGACCAAUUAGGGGAAAUGUGGAAGCGCUUUUAAAUACGAGUUAUGACUUUCACAAACUGUCACUGUUCUGUUGCCAUUUCAUGUAAUGACUUUUAUUUUGGUGGGGAUGGUGAUUUAACUUUUCUUUUCUCAUUCCAGUGCAUUGUAAGCCGUGCCCAUAGCUCCGCUGUGCUUCGUAGCCCCUGUGUGAUACUGAUGGUGUCUGUACAUUUACUCUUAUCUUAGCUGAAACCGGAAUGCUUUCAUACCUGUGCAUGAGUUCCUAUUGAUAAUAACCAGCUGCAUUCUAGCGUCUGGUUUUCAAAGUCAGAGCGCUGACGUCACAUUUGUGCCACAAACGUCCACAGAUGUCAGAUUGUGUGCGCGUUGGUUUGUAGUUUAGCACUUGGACCAUGAUGUUAAAAUGCUGUUGGAAGACGUUGUCAGUUAUUAGUUAGAAAAUACUACUUCCUAUACGCUUAUCUAAUAUUUAAGCCACGCAGGAGACUAGCAGUGAGCUUCUCUUCAUUUUACAACAGCAUGAUUCUAAUACUGGCUCUUUUCUAGUGUACAGUAUUUGUGCACGUGUGUGUUUUUUUUAUGUGUGACUUCUGUUCGUGUGGGUUUUCGUAUCUCCUGCCUGGACCUCACCUUUCCAUCCGUUUGUGCGCUCGGUGUCAGCAUUUCCCUUUACUUCCAACCAGCUGGACGUCGGCAAGGAGGAAGAGAAGCGAGGAAGAAGAGGGUUGGUUUGAUUUCCUGUGGAGAUGUAGUGACGUUAGUUCGGUUCUACCGGACCCAUUCACACAAAGCGGUUAGAGACCUGAGCAUCUGGAGCGCCUCUCGUCUAGUUUAUCGUUUGCUUUUGAGGUCGGGAGGAUCUGAAGCUCAACUCACUGUGACUGGUGCUCUGCCUGUGCUUCUUCCUGCUAGCAAUAACCGCCAUCGCUGGGCAGAGCCGGUACUGGAACCUGGUUUAGGACUUAGAGGAAAGGGCCCAGGGGAUUGUUAAGCUCAGUGAGCGAGUGCAUCUUAGCCAGAAAGAACGGAUUCAAAAUCAUCAUCACAGACAGAACUGUCAUUAUGAGCGUUUACUCGUGUUUAUCAGUGAGAAGGACCUGCACGUCGUUUCAUCUGGACCUGGACAGUAGGAAUUUCAACCGCAUGUUUAUGACCGGAUCUGGUCUGAGUUGAACCAGAUCCAAAUCACAGUGAUUCCAGCGAGUUUAUUUCAUUUAGCAAACACGUUCUGGGGUCUUCAUGACUGUAUGGGUGUCUGUGAUUAGAGUCAGGAAGUGCAGCUGUUUUUGGUAGAACCUUUACUGUUCGGGUUCUUCACGUUCUGGAUAUUCACAUCCGUCCUCUGGUGCGUUCCUCAGCCUUGAGCUCGGGUCCCCUUCAAGUCACGCCUCUCUUUUAUGUGUGGAAGCUGAUUUGCUAGCUUAGCCUGGUAGGAGGUCCCCUCCCACAGCCCCCUGUGGUGCGCCCAUUCAAAAAGGUGCAUGCGUUCUAGUGUUUUCACAUCUCAAGUGUGAAAGUAAAGGCAACUAUUGUGUUUGUCCAUUGUCUGUCAUACUUCAAUGUCAGUGUUUUUUACAGACACCUAUAUUAUUAUAAUAGCUCAUAUUUAUACAUAUAUCUUUAUAUACACGUGAGCAUAGUACGCAGCACGUGGUCAGUGUUAUUGGGGAUGAAAGGCUUUGUGUCGUCAUUACUGCUGGAGGAGAAGCAAAAUGAGCCGUGCAUGCAAAACGCAGUUGUUAGUUAGGAUUUAUAGGCAUUUACCACAUUAGGGUGAUUCAUGUUUUCUCUGUCAACAGUGCUUCAAACGUGUGAUUCAAGCUGUGUGUGCAAAGAAACGUUGAAAUGCAUCUAAAGGAAAAAAAGAGGCGACGCUGCUUUUCUCGAUGCUUUCCAUGUGCCAAAUACUUUUCUUGUUUUCCAGGAAAAACAGGCGUGAGUUAAAUAAAAAUGCGACGUAGA